GCCAAGUCACGUUCUCUUGUUCACCGCAUAGGCCGCGUACGUCGCUCUCCUCUAACGCAGCAUCUCGCCGUUAUCACUUCAAGAGCAGCGUCAAAGAAUAGCUUCCCCCGCCUGCUUUCCAUUCGGCACUUCACGUUUGUGUCCCCCGAACUCCAUUUUCAUUAUUCUUAUCUUUACUACCCCACUUAGACUGUUUGUUGUUCCCUCUCCCUCGCUACCACAGCUGUUCACCGGUUUAUAUAUCAUUACACUGUUCUGUACAACAGCGCCUGCUUCUUCUUUGUAUCUUUCUUUUCCGUCUCUGUCCCACAAAGGUUUUGCUUCGCUGACGGCUCUCACGCAUUUCCUGGCGGCGUGCAAGCAAGCACAAGCGAAGAGUACAAUAAUGCAGACAGGCGGCGGCAACAGCGGUGCGGCGGCGCGUCUGCAGAAGGAGUUGAUGGAGGUCAUGAUGAGCGACGCCGAGGGCAUCGCAGCCUACCCCGAGGACGAUAAUCUCUUUCGCUGGAUCGGCACCGUGAAAGGGGUCCCGAACACCCCGUACGAGGACCUCGAGUACAACCUCCUCUUGGUGUUUCCCCCGAACUACCCCUACGAGGCCCCCACCGUCACCUUUGUCACGCCGUGCUUUCACCCCAACGUGGACACCCGCGGCGCCAUCUGCCUAGACAUUCUGAAGGAGAAGUGGUCCGCCGUGUACUCGGUCAGCUCCAUCCUGCUCUCCAUCCAGAACCUCCUCAACAACCCCAACAACGAAUCGCCGCUGAACAACCACGCGGCACAGCUGUGGCGUGAUAGGGAGCAGUUCACCAUCGCGGUGCGCGCCACGCACGGCGGCGUGCCGGGGUCGUAA